CCCUCCUGUUAGCGGUGUGUGUGUGUGUGUGUGUGGAGGGGGGGAUGUCGGCUGUGCGCAGGUUAAAAAUAACCCCAUCAUCUCCUCUUGUCCGGGUUAACACUCCUCUGUGGGUCACUUGAGCGUUCAGCGGCUGGCAGCAGGAAAGGAAUAUGCGAAGAUGGCCACGGAUCUGGGCGAGCUGUUGGUGCCGUACAUGCCCACUAUACGGGUGCCGAGGUCAGGAGACAGAGUGUACAAGAGCGAGUGCGCCUUCUCCUAUGACUCUCCGGAAUCAGAAGGUGGAUUGUAUGUGUGUAUGAACACAUUCCUGGGCUUUGGAAGAGAACAUGUGGAGAGACAUUACCGUAAAACUGGACAGUGUGUGUAUAUGCACUUAAAACGUCAUGUGAAGGAGAAAGCCACAGGUGCAGCAGGGGGUGCCGUGCCAAGAAGACGGAAUGGAAAAGUAUUUUUAGAUUUAGAACUUAACCGUGACUUUAACGGGGACGAUUAUGAAUAUGAAGAUGAAGCCAAGCUUGUCAUAUUCCCAGACCACUAUGAGAUCCCUUUACCAAAUAUCGAGGAGUUGCCUGCCCUGGUGACAAUUGCUUGUGAUGCUGUUCUUAAUGCUGCUUCUGCAUACAAAAAGCAAGAGGCAGAUUCAUGGGAGGAGGAGCUUCAAGUGUCCAAACAUGCCAGAAGUCUCAGACAACAAGAGAAUGGGGUUCGGAUUCCUCCUAGUGGCUGGAAGUGUGCCAAAUGUGAAAUGCGAGAGAACUUGUGGCUGAACCUGACAGAUGGCUCGGUCCUCUGCGGGAAAUGGUUCUUCGAUGGAAGCGGAGGGAACGGACAUGCCCUCGAACACUACAAAGAAACCAACUUUCCCCUAGCUGUCAAGCUAGACACCAUCACCCCAGACGGAGCAGAUGUUUACUCCUUCGAUGAAGAAGAGGCAGUACUUGACCCUCACAUAUCAGAACACUUGACACACUUUGGAAUAGACAUGCUAAAGAUGCAAAGGACGGAAAACGGCCAUCACACAGAUAACCAUGUGCAGCCCCGAGCCACUGAGUGGGAAGUGAUUCAGGAAUCUGGUCUUAAGCUGAAGGCAGUCUAUGGUUCAGGGUACACAGGCAUCAAAAACCUGGGCAACAGCUGCUACCUCAGCACCACUAUGCAAGUGCUCUUCAGUAUCCCUGAGUUCCAGAGAGCGUAUGUCGGGAACCUGCAGAGAAUAUUUGACUACUCACCGCUUGAUCCUACCCAAGACUUCAGCACACAAAUGGCAAAACUGGGUCACGGGCUACUUUCAGGCCAGUAUUCCAAACCGCCAGUCAAAUCAGAACUCAUUGAACAGGUGAUGAAAGAAGAAUACAAGCAGCAGCACAGAGGGAUUUCCCCCAGAAUGUUCAAGGCUCUGGUCAGCAAGGGCCACCCAGAGUUCUCCUCAAAUAGACAGCAAGAUGCCCAGGAAUUCUUCCUGCAUUUUAUCAACCUGGUGGAAAGGAAUAGUGCUGGCUCAGAGAAUCCCAGCGACGUGUUCCGCUUCAUCGUGGAGGAGCGUGUACAGUGCUGUCAGUCACAGAAAGUGCGUUACACACAAAGAGUGGACUACCUUAUGCAGCUUCCUGUGCCCAUAGAGGCCGCCAUCAACAGAGAAGAGCUCAUGGCAUACGAGACAAAGCGGAAGGAUGCUGAAGAAAACUUACGUGCUCCUCCAGAUCCAGUCAGGGCCCGCAUUCCCUAUACUGCCUGUUUACAAGCCUUCAAUGAGCCCGAGAACGUUCCAGACUUCUGGAGCUCGGCACUGCAGGCCAAGUCUGCUGGAGUGAAGACUUCUCGUUUUGCAUCCUUUCCUGACUUCAUGGUCGUACAGCUCAAGAAGUUCACAUUCGGAUUGGACUGGGUUCCAAAAAAGUUAGAUGUUUCUGUAGACAUGCCUGACUUCAUGGACCUGAAUCGGCUCCGGGCUACAGGGUUACAGCCAGGAGAAGAGGAGCUUCCUGACCUUACGCCUCCUAUUGUCAUUCCCGAGGACACAAGAGGCAGCUCAGUAAAUAAUUCUUUGGAAUCUCCGGAAAUAGACGAGGCCUCAGUGAUGCAGUUGGCAGAAAUGGGAUUCCCUCUGGAGGCCUGCAGGAAGGCCGUGUACUACACUGGGAACAUGGGAGCUGAAAUGGCCUUUAAUUGGAUCAUUGCUCACAUGGAGGAGCCAGACUUUGCCGAGCCGCUUGCGAUUCCUUCAUACAUGGAGGCAGACCUGCCGAGUGCCACCUUUCCUACUGCCACCCCUUUGGAUAACCAGCCUCCCGAGGAAAGCAUCUCCAUCCUCACCUCCAUGGGCUUCCCCAGACAUCACAGUAUUCAAGCCCUGAAGGCCACGAAUAAUAACCUAGAGCGGGCGUUAGAUUGGAUCUUUACUCACCCAGAGAGUGAGGAGGAGAGCGAAGCCAUGUCCGACAUGGUCGACACAGAGCCCAAUGAUACCAGUUUCUCGAAUGCCAUCACAAACAGUGACUCCACGCUGUCUCCGGAACAGGAAAUGUCUAGUCCGCGUGUUCGAGACGGCACUGGACGUUAUGAACUUUUUGCCUUCAUAAGUCACAUGGGAACAUCCACGAUGUCUGGUCAUUACAUAUGUCAUAUCAAAAAGGAAGGAAGAUGGGUCAUGUACAAUGAUCAUAGAGUCUGUCUGUCAGAAAGGCCUCCAAAAGACUUGGGUUACAUUUACUUUUACCGGCGCCUGCCCAGCUGCUAGAUCUGGACCUUAGAGCAUAGAGCUGCACUGCCUGCAAGGCACAGGAGAGGAAGAGGAGGAAGAGGAGGAGGAGGAUAUUUCUGCCACAGCAGGAAACCCCUGGGGAUGUUCAUGCUUUAGAAAAUGAGCGAAUUCACCUCAAAACUUGCAAAGACCUGUAAAGAAAAGGCCCACCCAGUACAGGCACAGUUAUAUUGAGGGAAUGAAUGUGUUUAAUCAGAUGUUCAUUGUUGGUUUGCGAGAGUAUAUUCUGUACUGGAGAUACAAGGCAUUGUGUGCGCCAUUCAAAUAUGCAGAUAAAUGUUCUUAUCUCUGUGUGUGUGUGUGUGUGUGUGUGUGUGUGUAAAAAUGUACGAUGCUGUGCAAAAGUCUUUAGGCAACCUUUAUUUCUUCAUAUUUUACUUAAAAAUAAACCAACUUUCUUGUAUUUUUUUUUAUAUAUAAUCUUGAGAAAUAGUUCUCUAGCCUUUAUGAAGGACUUAUUUGGCUCUCAUUUUCAGUUCAGACUCCUGACCAGUUUCAGAGCAGUGAUUUUUGUUUGUUAAGCCACACAGUGAUUUUUGAAUAAUUUAAGCAUAAAAAAUUGAACCAGUGCGGAACAGCUGCAAAUGGUGACAUGAUCAGGCCGGUGAUUGGUAAUGCUGAGUGGUCGGGACAGACAAGAGGGGAAAUGAGGUUGCUGCUGAGGUGGAAAAAACAGUUUCUAAAUUGUAUCUUUACCCUGUAAAUAAUUUCCCAUUUUUAUAAUUUAAUCUACAUAAUUUAAUUUAAUUUAUUAUGAAGAAAUAAGGGAUUGUUUAAGAUGUUUGCACAGUACUGUCUGUUAAUACAUACUGUCCGUACAAUAUGCAGGCAGACACAAACACACAUACACACACACACACACAACUUUGUUUCUCCUUUUAUUGCCUUGAGCUACUCUGCCAAUAUUUUUCAAGCGGUAACUUCUUUUUGAAGAUAUGAACAGGAUUUCUUCCUGAAUGUGGAGGUAUCGCAAACUGCCAGCCCUGAUUUAUACCACGUUCAAUUCAUGUUCUCGUAGUUACAUUUCGGCUGAGCACUGGAAAACAUUACUGCGUUAAAAAAAAAAAAAUGUAGAUUUUCACCGAACUUCACAACGUCAAGUGAAAUAAUGGUGACAUUGCACAAAUGCGCACAAACUGUUAAAGUAUUAGGCAAGGUGAAAAGUAAGGUUGAGUUUAAAAGUAUCCGUGUAUGGAAGAAAAUUUGUUUUUGUAGGAAUUAUAUAUGCACUGUUACAGUAUCUUUAUAUAUUCUUGAUCUUUUUUGGGGGAAAAAAAUUGGGGGGCAAUUUUAUAAUCUAUCUUGUAAAGCUUCGGCACAACAAAACAACAAUAAUUACGCGAUGAUCUAGGUUUACACCUUCGUCAGUUUUACAAGACAUACCAAUGAUUUGUUCUGUGCAAUAGUUAAGUGCUUUAUACUCAUUGCCUUGUCCAGGUUGUCUGACUGUACAGGUCGAAUUCAUCACAGAGUUUUUUCAUCUCUUUUUUUAUUUUUAAAUACAUGAAUACACCAUUUGUAUCCAGCAAUAUACACUAGGACAAGUGGAUUCAACUUUUUAACAUCAUAUGCAGCGUCAAACUUGGAUUUUUUUGGUCAAAUGUAUUCUCUAUGGUGCUCAAUAAAACCAAAUCUCUCACACUUUUA